AUGGUCUCUGCCGCUAUCCGCCUUCUCGUCGGCCUGAGCGGACUGUUUUUCUCCUACGUGCUCAUCCACCACUUGCGCCGGCGUGCACGUACCACGCCUCUUGUUGGCCCGCCCAGCACGAACUUCUUGCUGGGCCUUGGCAGAUUGGUGUCCAAAUCGCCCGACCCAAGCCUUCUGUACGAGCAGUGGGCGGAGAAAUACGGCCCCGUCUACAAUGUGCCGGCCGCGCUGAACAUAUCGCGCGUCAUCCUUUGCGACCCCAGGGCAGUCAAUUUUGUGUUCGCCCGCGGUACCUACGGCUUCGUUAAACCAAGGGUGGACAGAGUAGCUAUUGAGCUCACUGUUGGCCGCGGCAUCAUGCACGCAGAUUGCGAUGAGCACAAAAGGCAAAGGAAGGGGCUCAUCCCCGCAUUCGCCAAUGCCUCAAUUCGCAACCUGACUCCGGUGUUCUACGAUGCCGCCUACCAGGUGAAAAAUGCUUGGGAUGGAAUAAUCGAGGCUCAAUCUGGCGGCUCGGCAGUCAUUGAGGUGCAAACCUGGAUGAACAGGAUCUCACUAGAUACGCUCGGCAUCGCAGGCUUCACGCACGACUUCGGCACCCUGAAGGGCAAGCAUUCCUCCAUCGCCGAGUGCUUUGAUGCAUUAACUGGUGCUCGGACUGAUUUUGACCUGUUAAUGGCAAUGGUCGGACUUGCCUUCCCGACGAUCGUAAGGGUGCCCUCACCACUCCUCCGGCUCUUCAAGAAGCUGGAUGCGACGAUCGAGGAGAUCGCCACCAGAUUACUGGACAGCUCGCGGAAGGAGAAAGUCGGGGGCGCAGCGGAGGACAAGAGUAUAGUCGGAUUAUUACUCAAGUCGGAGAGCAGCAAAUCGGCUCUGCGAAUGUCUCAAGAGGAAAUAGUUUCACAGAUGAAAGUUUUGAUAUUCGCCGGUUAUGUGACAUCAUCCAUCAUGCUAACCUGGUGCCUGAUCGAGCUCAGCAAGAAAACUGAAGUACAACAAAAGCUCCGCGACGAGCUCGCACAAUACACAAGUGCCGAUCCGACAUGGGAGCAGCUAACACAUGCACUUCCCUAUCUCGACGCCGUAGUCCAAGAAACGGUUCGCUUGCACCCGCAAGUCAAGGAGCAUACUGCCGUUGCCACCGAAGACACUAUUAUACCUCUCUCCGCCCCCAUGAGGACGGCCUCCGGCCAAGUCGUCACAAUCCCGAUCCACUACAUGAACAUGGCCGGCGUACUGUGGGGAUCCGACGCAAGGGAAUUCCGGCCGGAGCGUUGGGUUGAGGCAGGCGGGAUCCCGCCCCGCGCACAGGAGAUUCAGGGUCAUCGGCACGUACUGACGUUCAUCGAUGGCCCGCGCAUGUGUCUCGGGCGAGGGUUCGCGUUUGCUCAAAUGAAGGCUGUGCUGAGCGUGCUGAUCAAAAACUUUGCGUUUGAGUUGAGGGAUGGGUGGGAGACGAGGAUCGAGGUCAUCCUGGGAGUGAAUGAGCGACCGCGGGUUGCAGGGGAGGAGGGCGUGAGGGUCCCUUUGCGUGUUCGCCGGCUGGAAUGA